AAAACAUUCACUGGAAAACCAAAAGAAGCUACUCUCCAUUUGGUUAAGUUUUAGUUGUUUAUUUGUUUUUUAGUUUUUAUGACAACAUUUUAUAAUGUUUUAUCUAAUAUUUAAAGCAGGUGUCAGAAUAAGAUUAUGGAAUAUAAAUAAUAGGUAAGAAAAUUUAUGCAACCCUAACAUAAAAUAAGCAAAAUCUGACAAGGGAUGGAAAUAAACCUACAGUAGGUGUCUUUGUUAUUUGUUUGUUUGUUUGAGUUUCUUUGUGUAGACCUGGUGUCCUGGAACUCAACUCUGUAGAGCAAGCUGGUCUCAAACUCCUGCCUCUGCUUCCUGAGUGGUGGGUGAUGGAAUUAAAGGCAUGGGACACCACUGACUGGCCAGUAGGUGUCUUUUAUAUAGCAAUUUCUUUAACUUUAUAUAUAGUGAUUUAUUUAAUUAAAAUUUUUAUUUGAUUUUUAUGUGCAAAAGUGUUUACCUGAAUGUGUUCGGUGCAUCUUGUGUGUACAGUGCCUGAGGAGGCCAGAAGAGGGCAUCAGAUUCUCUGGAACUGGAGUCAGCAGCAUGUGUGUGCUGGGAAUGGAACCGGGAUCCUAUAGACGAGCAACCAGUGUUUUUUUACUGCUGAGCCAUCUCUCCAGCCCCCUUUGUUCGGCUUCUUAAGUUUUUUUAAAGUUUUGAUGGUGCUAAAAAUUAAACCUUGCUUGCUAGUCACUUCACAUCUGAGACGUGGCUAUGGAUUGGCUAGGUAGUAUUGUAUCCAUCAACUGUGGAGAAAGCCUGGGCGUCUACCAGGGAAGAGUAUCAGCAGUGGAUCAGGUCAGCCAGACCAUUUCUCUUACCCGGCCUUUCCACAAUGGGGUGAAGUGUCUUGUACCAGAAGUCACCUUUCGGGCAGGUGAUAUUACAGAAUUAAAAAUUUUGGAGAUACCAGGUCCUGGAGACAACCAGCAGGUUGGAGACCUUCAUCAGACAGAAUUAGGCUCUUCUGGUGUUGGGUACCAAAUGAGUAUCAGUCAGAAUGGAACAGGCAAAGUGGUCAAGAAGCCAGCCUCUUCCAGUAGUGCCCCUCAGAGCAUCCCUAAGAGGACAGACAUGAAGAGCCAGGAUGUUGCCGUUUCUCCUCAGCAGCAGUGCUCAAAGAGUUACGUGGACAGGCACAUGGAGUCUUUGAGUCAGUCCAAAAGCUUCCGCCGGCGACACAACUCCUGGUCAUCUAGUAGCAGGCACCCAAACCAGGCAACCCCAAAGAAAAGUGGUUUAAAAAAUGGCCAAAUGAAAAAUAAAGAUGACGAGUGCUUUGGAGAUGAUAUUGAGGAGAUCCCAGACACAGAUUUUGACUUUGAGGGGAACCUGGCCCUUUUUGACAAGGCAGCUGUGUUUGAGGAGAUCGACACUUAUGAGAGGAGAAGUGGCACCCGUUCUCGGGGUGUCCCAAAUGAACGUCCUGCUAGGUACCGCCAUGAUGAAAACAUCCUGGAAUCUGAGCCGAUUGUAUACCGUAGGAUCACAGUACCACACAGCGUGGGCAAGGAGUUCUGCACAGACUCUGGCCUGGUAGUACCAAGUGUUUCCUAUGAGCUACAUAAAAAACUGUUGUCUGUGGCUGAGAAGCAUGGGCUGACUUUAGAGCGGAGACUUGAGAUGACUGGUGUGUGUGCCAGUCAGAUGGCACUGACUCUCCUUGGAGGACCCAACAGGUUGAAUCCUAAGAAUGUCCACCAGAGGCCUACAGUAGCUCUGUUGUGUGGGCCCCAUGUGAAGGGGGCCCAGGGUAUCAGUUGUGGGAGGCACCUAGCCAACCAUGACGUGCAAGUCAUCCUCUUCCUGCCCAACUUUGUCAAGAUGCUGGAAUCUAUUACCAACGAACUGUCUCUCUUUAGCAAGACCCAAGGUCAGCAAGUGUCUAGCCUAAGAGAUCUCCCUGCUAGCCCUGUGGACCUGGUUAUCAACUGCCUAGAUUGUCCUGAGAAUGCCUUCCUGCGGGAUCAGCCCUGGUACAAGGCAGCUGUGGCCUGGGCCAACCAGAACCGGGCACCAGUGCUCAGCAUAGACCCUCCUGUGCAUGAAGUUGAACAGGGCAUUGAUGCCAAAUGGUCCCUGGCACUGGGCCUGCCUCUGCCACUCGGGGAGCACGCAGGCCGAGUCUAUUUGUGUGACAUUGGCAUUCCCCAGCAAGUCUUCCAGGAGGUUGGCAUCAACUACCACUCACCCUUCGGCUGCAAAUUUGUCAUCCCCCUACACUCUGCCUAGAGGGGCUCUGGGCAGUUGGAGCCUGUAUUCCCUGCACUCCUGCUGCCAAACCCACUAAGGGAUGCCUUAAGGAUGUGAAGCUUUGUGGACCUUGUAGACUGUCUCUUGGGUUGGUUUCUUCUGUGAGAGAACAAAACAUACUUCAAACUUGCCUGCCACGUUCCCAUAAGCAGGGAAGGCUUUCCCACUGGCAUGUAUGUCAGAGGUGGACCAGCGGCUCCAGGCAUCUUUCUAUCCUACCCUGCCUCUAUUCAGUUGGGGCUUUGUUUACAGACAUAGACAGCUCUAAGACUUUCAGGUUUGCAGCCACUGGGCGUGGCCUGAAGCCUAUUAGGGCCUCCAACCACUCUUACUUCAGAAGGGUUUAUGUCUCCUAUGCUUCCUCUGGUCCUGCAGCCAGGCAGCCUACUCCUUUAAUCAUGUAGAUCAGGCUGCAUGGCAGCUAUCCAGAAGACAAACCUGUGCUGUGUCUCUGCUUUCCCCCAAGGCCACCCUUUGGACCCUCCUGAGAUGUUCCAAUUUUAUGUUGGGACGUUUCCUAAGGAGUGUGUCAGGAUGACGACUAUGGUGAGAUUUUGGACUUGCUGCUCUGCUGUUACCUUUAGCAGUUUGUGCCUGUCAAGCUACAAUGCCCACCUCCUAGUUAGGAACCAGACCUUCAGGAUGCAGCUUUUCAGUAUUGCGGAGACCCUGGGGGAGCUUGGUGCUGAGCCAGAGGAGGCUCCCUGGUGCUUCAGUCCUACCAUCACUUCCUACCUCCUUGUCCAUAAAUAAUACUCCCUCUGCCCCUCUCCCUGUCUCUGGAAAUGGCUUUACAGCUACCCCAGGACAGGUUACAUCCCCCUCCACCCCCGCCAUGGCUUCACUCCAGCUCUUAGGUUUAGGCUUUAAUCCUCUAUAGUUACCCCUCCUCAGGUGUGCAGACUUGGAAUUAGUAGCCUGUCUCAAACAUGCCAAAAAUGAGCCCAGUUCUAGAUGACCAUAGUGGGAUUCAGCUAUGGGAACAUUGCACUGCUCAGAUCCUAGGGCAUUAUCCUCAGGAUCUUCCUGGCUUGGGUCCUUCAGGUUAGUAGGAGAGGACCAUGCCUAGAGCCUCAGCAGAGACCUUUGUAAAGGUCUUGUACUUUGAAGCUUUUCCCCCACAGGCUUUCUGCUGUGUCUAUCACUGGUUGAGGAGUAUAGGUGGACAGGCAGAUGGGCUCUCUGAAAUGUUUGGGUACAGGGUAAACCCUGGUACCAUGAAUUCCAGGCUGCUCUCUUGUAGGAACAGGGCCAGGAGCAGACAGUGAUAGCCUUUCCUUUCCUUCUGUCUUUCUCUUUAGUUAUCUCCAGCUCCAUGAAAGAGGCCAGAGGACUGGGAGCCUCAGCUGCACGACAGGACUUUAGCUUUCAAGCUGGGCCUUUUGUCUAAAGGCAGGGUUACAAUUGGGACAACAGGCAGCCACUACAGGCUCCUAGACACUCUGGUCCUGAAGGUGGUUAACAUUAGGCAGUUCUCCCUGCUCUUGGCCUGGACCUCCCUAGAGUUGAAAGUGUGCCACUCUUACCUGCAGCUCUUUUUGGAAGUUCCUGCUCAAUGGCUGGUUUCAGUCAGGCGGUCAACUUUGUCACUAAUGCAUGCAGCUCUUGGGAAACCCAAAGCCAGCACAAUAAAGUGACAGAAAUCUGUGCUAUCUAAACUGCUUUGUAGAGUGAUGGAGUGCUGCUUUUCCAAUCCCUAGGAGCCUACCCUGAUCACUUGGAUUAUUGGCUAUGGGUAUGUACACAAUGACAUGAGGGCUGAGAUAUAACUAGAUUCUGAUGGUGAUCUGUAUGUCCCUUUAAAUAAAAAUGCCAGAGCCUUUCCUUUCUAGGUCUGGCAAGUCCUCCGGGGCCAAAACUCUA